AUGUACGGCGACUAUAUCAAUAUGGAACACGAAUUGAGCCAUCCCUAUGAGACCACUGAAUUCCAGAAAAACCUCCUAAACGGUUUCGAGCACUUGUUCUUCCAUGUUUCGGCAGUGAGCAUUGCCAUCGACGUACUGACCUAUUUGCGCCUCAAGCUGAGCGUCAGUCAGUUUGACGCGCGUCGAUUUUCGAGCUUCAGAUUCGCCACCAGGCCUCAAAUCAGAAAAGCAGCGCCGACC